GAACAUCCACCUCGUCCUUGAAGGUGCACAAAAAGGUUUAGUUUAAGUACAGGAUUCUACUAUUAUCAUGUGAACAGGUUUUUCUGUUUUUUCGAUCAAAAUACGUUUGCUAUUAUCUGUGUUUUACGUAAUUAAAAAGUAAUUUCAUUUCGCGCUCAAUAACAGGACAUGAAAUGUGACGUUUAAGGACCCACCACAUGAAAAAUGUUAAGGCGGAUUUUAAGAAAAAUUGGAAGGAGCUGGGAUGCUCUAGUCUAGACAAUACUAUCCAAGAAUCAAACAUACCGUAGCUAGCUAGCUUAUCCUAUGUUCCUCCAUAACAUAAAUGUAUAACAAGCUAGAUAAGUAACGCUACACUACAAAUCGGCAAUGAUUUUCAUCGGUAUCUUGUGAACGUUAGUUGAUUUUCUAAAGCACAGGACUGCUGUGCGUGUUUCACUAGCUAACGUUAACUUGACAACUAACGUUAACUAGAUUUCAACAAUUAGCUAAACGAAGCUGCCAUGGCAGAGGAUCGGAGACAGAAGCAGUGCACUGUGGUACUGCCAACGGAGUCAAUGAAGGCCAUUGGUGAGUCCGUUGGAGUUGGGCAAUUACAGGAGGAGAGCUGUGCGGCCUUGAGCGAGGAAGUCAGUUACCGCAUCAAAGAGAUAUUUCAGGAUGCUUUUAAGUUCAUGCACCACGGGAAGAGACGCAAACUGACCACCAGUGACAUCGAUCAUGCCCUUAAACUGAAGAAUGUGGAGCCCCUGUAUGGGUUCCAGUCGCAAGAGUUUAUCCCGUUCCGCUUUGCCAGUGGAGGUGGCCGAGAACUGCACUUCUACGAAGAGAAGGAAGUAGACCUGAGUGACAUCAUCAACACACCUCUUCCGCGAGUGCCCCUGGACGUCUCACUCAAGGCGCAUUGGUUAAGUAUUGAAGGUGUCCAGCCUGCCAUACCAGAGAACCCGCCUCCGGCUCCAAAAGAAAUGCAGAAAGCAGAGGCCACUGAGCCCCUUAAAGUGGUGAAACCUGGACAAGAGGAGGAGGGCACCAUACAGGGCAAAGGUCAGGGUUCAGCUGCUGCUGAGGGCAAAGGAAAGGAGAAGAGUUUGAUGAGGAUGAAGCCGCGCGGGACGCACGAGCUGUCCGUGGAGCAGCAGCUGUACUAUAAGGAGAUCACUGAGGCUUGCGUGGGCUCCUGCGAAGCCAAGAGAGCGGAGGCUCUUCAGAGUAUAGCUACGGAUCCUGGGCUGUACCAGAUGCUCCCUAGAUUCACCACUUUCAUCUCUGAAGGGGUGCGCGUGAACGUGGUGCAGAAUAACCUGGCUCUCUUAAUCUACCUGAUGAGAAUGGCCAAGGCUCUUAUGGACAACCCUACAUUGUACUUGGAGAAAUAUCUCCAUGAACUGAUCCCAGCAGUGGUGUCCUGCAUUGUGAGUAAGCAGCUGUGUCUGAGGCCGGAUGUAGAUAACCACUGGGCACUGCGUGACUUCGCCGCCCGGCUCAUGGCCCAGAGCUGCAAGACCUUCAGCACCACCACCAACAACAUGCAGUCCCGCAUCACCAAAACCUUCACUAAGAGUUUGUUGGAUGAGAAGACACAGUGGACGACACGAUAUGGCUGCAUUGCUGGACUGUCAGAGCUUGGGCCGGAUGUGGUUAAGACACUGAUCCUCCCUCGGUUGACAGCAGAGGGCGCUCGUAUCAAGGCGGCGACUGAAGGGCCAGUCAUGUCCAACAUUGAGAAGAUCGGAGCUGAGCAUGUGCAGAACCUGCUUUUGAAACACUGCGCCACUGUGCUCGCUAAGACACGCACACCGCCAGACAUCGCGGACCAGUACCAGGCUGAAUACGGCUACCUUGGCACAAUGCUGUGCUCCCACGUCGUGAAGGCCCGAGCCCAGGCUGCGGUGCAGGCCCAGCAGGUCAACAGAACAACCCUCACCAUCACCCAGCCACGCCCCACUCUCACCGUCUCCCAGAGUUCUGUGGGGAUAUCUGGGGGACCUCGCACGCCCAAUAUCAUCAAAGUGCCCAGCUCCCUCACCCUAAUGACGUCCGCCCACCCUGGGACCCCAACCCAGCCCUCACCUCCGGCAACCAAGUACAUCGUCAUGGGCACCAGUGCAGGGGUGGCCCCCACUCAGCAGGUGAUCACUCUUAGUUCCUCUCGCUCCAGUUCUCCAAUGACCAGCACUAUCCCAAGCUCUGCAUCCACACUGCAGCCCCAGGUCAAACUGGAGUCUGGAGGGGCUGGUGGGGUGGCUGGGUCACGCACCCUCCAAAAAUACAUUGUUGUGUCCCUCCCUCCCUCCUCCUCGUCUUCUCUGGAGAGCAAGAGCUCUGGCCUGCUCCCUGCCCAGCCCAUCCCAUCCGCUUCCUCUCUUUCUUUGGAGUCCGGGGUCAAACUGGAGCUCUCUGGGCCUCCAGGGGCCAGGACGCACUCCCCACAUUGA